UCGCUUUUUAGAAAAAUAGUCAUAAUUUGUAAAUACGUUUGAAGAAAAAAUGAACAUUCACAAAGAUUCUUCUGACAGAGAUCAUUCAAAAUCAUUUAUUAAAGAUGCCGCAGACAGAGUUUUAAUUAAUAUUGGGGGAAUUAAACACGAAUGCUAUAUUAGCACUAUUAAGAACUUUCCAGACACGCGUUUGUUUUGGAUUGCUGAAACAGCUCUGAAGUUAAAAGAAAGUGACUCAAGUGAGUUUUUUUUUGACAGACACUCUGGCUGUUUUGAAAAUAUAUUAAACUACUGUCGAACAGGAAAACUACAUUGUCCAAAUGAUGUAUGUGGAUCUCUUUUUGAAGAGGAACUUCAAUUUUGGGGAAUCGAUGAAUUAAUGAUGGAACCAUGCUGUUGGGGAGGCUAUACGCAACAUCGCGAUGCUCGACAAAAUCUAAAAAUGUUUGACGAAAAUAAUGAUGAUGCUGAUUACCAUAAAAAGUAUAGUGUCGGGAGAAAAUAUUCAGAAACUUCUUUUCAAAAAUAUAGACCAAAAAUUUGGGCUCUUCUUGAAAGACCUUUUUCAUCAAGAUAUGCGCAGGUUGUAGCAUUUUUAUCAAUGAUGGUGAUCAUUACUUCGAUUACAACGUUUUGCAUGCAAACUGUCCCCAGACUCUUUAAAUAUCGAGUGUUAUUUGAACAUCUUGAAUACUGCUAUUGUUGCAUAUUUACAAUCGAAUUUUUUGUUAGGCUUGCUUGUUGCCCUUCUUAUAUUGCUUUCUUUUGUUCAAGUUUAACUUACAUUGACAUAAUUUCUACUUUACAAUUUUACAUCGUAUUUUUUGCAAAAGUUCAUGCAUUGGACUUUUUGUUUGUAUUUCGUUUAAUUAGAAUAUUUCGCUUGUUUCGAUUUUUUAAACAACUCACAGGAAUGCAAAUAAUUGUACAAACUUUAAAAGCAAGCAUGAAUGAGCUUAUGUUGCUGUUGUUAUUAGUCAUGAUUCCGAUGGUCAUCUUCUCCACGUUGAUCUACUACGCUGAAAAGAAUGCAAACGUUAAUUUGUUAACCAGCAUUCCAGAUUACUUUUGGUGGGCAAUUGUUACUAUGACAACUGUUGGUUAUGGAGACAUGGUACCAAAUUCAAUAAACGCAAAAAUUGUUGGCGCAAUGUGCGCGUGCACAGGUUUACUGAUAGUCGCUCUACCAGUUUCAGUUAUUGGAAGUAAUUUUGCAUUUUACUAUUCAUACGCGCAAGCACGAAUGAAACUGCCAUCAAAAGCCAAAAAAGUAACUCUUACAGUUGACAAAAAUUUAACACCAAGAUAUUGUAGAGAUACCUCAAUACGGUCUAAACGCUUUGCCAACCGAAUGUUAAACAAUAAAGGUGCACCUGGUAUAAACGAGCCUCUAUUUCGUCCUUCUUUGAAGUCGGAUGCAAGUUUAAAUGAGAAAAAGUCAUCAAUUGGAACAGAUUUAUGAAUAGUUAUAAUUAAUACUUAAAGUACUUAAUUCUUAGUUUAUCGCUCUACCACAUUUGCUUUAAUGAAUAACAUGCACUGAUGUGAA